CCGCCGCCCACGCCGCCCCUGAGCCGGGCGCCCACCAUGCCGCGGGCGCUGGCGCCCCUGUACGCCUGCCUGCUCGGGCUCUGCGCGCUGGUGCCCCGGCUCCCAGGUCUCAACAUAUGCACCAGUGGAAGUGCCACCUCCUGUGAAGAGUGUCUGCUAAUCCACCCAAAAUGUGCCUGGUGCUCCAGAGAGGACUUCGGCAGCCCGCGGUCCGUCACCUCCCGGUGUGACUUGAGGGAGAACCUGGUCAGAAAUGGCUGUGGCGGUGAGGUCGAGAGCCCGGCCAGCAGCACCCACGUCCUGCGGAGCCUGCCCCUCAGCAGCAAGGGCUCCGGCCCCAUGGGUGCCGAUGUUAUUCAGAUGACUCCGCAGGAGGUCACCGUGAACCUUAGGCCUGGCGACAAGACUUCCUUCCAGCUGCAGGUGCGCCAGGUGGAGGAUUAUCCCGUGGACUUGUACUACCUGAUGGACCUCUCCCUGUCCAUGAAGGAUGACCUGGACAACAUCCGGAACCUGGGCACCAAGCUCGCCGAGGAGAUGAGGAAGCUCACCAGCAACUUCCGGUUGGGGUUCGGGUCUUUUGUCGACAAAGACAUCUCUCCCUUCUCCUACACGGCGCCGAGGUACCAGACCAAUCCGUGCAUUGGUUACAAGUUGUUCCCCAACUGCGUGCCCUCCUUUGGGUUCCGCCACCUGCUGCCCCUCACCGACAGAGUCGACAGCUUCAACGAGGAGGUUCGGAAGCAGAGGGUGUCCCGGAACCGCGAUGCCCCCGAGGGCGGCUUUGAUGCAGUCCUCCAGGCGGCCGUCUGCAAGGAGAAGAUCGGCUGGCGGAAGGACGCGCUGCACUUGCUGCUCUUCACCACGGACGACGUGCCCCACAUUGCACUGGAUGGAAAACUGGGGGGCCUGGUGCAGCCGCACGACGGCCAGUGCCACCUGAACGAGGCCAACGAGUACACUGCGUCCGACCAGAUGGACUAUCCAUCCCUUGCUUUACUCGGAGAGAAGUUGGCCGAGAACAACAUCAACCUCAUCUUUGCAGUGACAAAGAACCACUACAUGCUUUACAAGAAUUUUACAGCCCUGAUACCGGGAACCACAGUGGAGAUUUUACAUGGAGACUCCAAAAAUAUUAUUCAGCUCAUUAUCAACGCAUACAGCAGUAUCCGGUCUAAAGUAGAGCUGUCUGUUUGGGAUCAGCCCGAAGAUCUCAAUCUCGUCUUCACUGCUACCUGCCAAGAUGGUGCAUCCUACCCGGGUCAGAGGAAGUGCGAGGGCCUGAAGAUUGGGGACACGGCGUCCUUUGAGGUGUCGGUGGAGGCCCGGAGCUGCCCUGGCAGACACAUGGAGCACGCGUUCACCCUGCGGCCGGUGGGGUUCCGGGACAGCCUGCAGGUGCGGGUCACCUACAACUGCACGUGUGGCUGCAGUGCGGGGCUGGAGCCCGACAGCAGCCGGUGCAGCGGGAACGGCACCUACAUCUGCGGCCUGUGUGAGUGCAACCCCGGCUACCUGGGCACCCGCUGUGAGUGCCAGGAGGGGGAGAACCCGAGCGUGUACCAGAACCUGUGCCGCGAGGCCGAGGGCAAGCCGCUGUGCAGCGGGCGCGGGGAGUGCAGCUGCAACCAGUGCUCCUGCUUCGAGAGCGAGUUCGGCAAGAUCUACGGGCCCUUCUGCGAGUGCGACAACUUCUCCUGCGCCCGGAACAAGGGCGUCCUCUGCUCAGGCCACGGCGAGUGUCACUGCGGUGAGUGCAAGUGCCAUGCGGGCUACAUCGGCGACAACUGCAACUGCUCCACGGACAUCAGCACCUGCCGGGCCAAAGAUGGGCAGAUCUGCAGUGACCGCGGGCACUGCCUCUGCGGGCAGUGCCAGUGCACGGAGCCGGGAGCCUUUGGGGAGACGUGCGAGAAGUGCCCCACCUGCCCGGAUGCCUGCAGCACCAAGAGAGACUGUGUCGAGUGCUUGCUGCUUCACUCGGGGAAGCCUGACAACCAGAGCUGCCACCACCGGUGCAGGGACGAGGUGAUCACUCGCGUGGAUGCCAUUGUGAAAGACGACCAGGAGGCUGUGCUUUGUUUCUACAAAACCGCCAAGGACUGCGUCAUGAUGUUCACCUACACGGAGCUCCCCAGCGGGAAGUCCAACCUGACCGUCCUGAGGGAGCCAGAGUGUGGGACGGCCCCGAACGCCAUGACCAUCCUCCUGGCCGUGGUGGGCAGCAUCCUCCUGGUCGGCAUCGCGCUCUUGGCCAUCUGGAAGCUGCUCGUCACCAUCCACGACCGCAGAGAGUUCGCAAAGUUCCAGAGCGAGCGCUCCAGGGCCCGCUACGAAAUGGCUUCAAACCCUCUGUACAGAAAGCCCAUCUCCACGCACACGGUGGACUUCACCUUCAACAAGUUCAACAAGUCCUACAACGGCACCAUUGACUGAUGCCUCCCGCCCUGGAGGGCCCAGGGGACUCAUGAAAGAGACUGACGCGCCUUGGGCAGCUGCGCCCCUCGUCGUGGCUCCCCAGACAGGCGAGCAUGGAGGCACCUUCCAGGGAGCCUGGGCCAGCACAGAAGAGCACCUACUGCGUGCAAAGGAGGACACACACCCACUGUGUGCACUGCUGGGCCAGCGCCUCGCCAGGCAGCCCGGGGAUCGCAAGGGGACCUGGCGCUCUGGGGCUCCCCACUGACCACUGCGGUGGGGCUCGGCUUUCGGCCUGGCCGUCGGGAAGGGUCAGGAGGCGACACGCAGUCUGCCUUGUUCCAUGUUGAUGGUUUCCGUAUGAAAUAAAGUGAUGGUGUAUUUACAGCAUGGGGCUGGAGGCUGACGGCGGGGCAGUGCCGGUGCGGGACUGUGGAGCUGCCAGAGGGGUGCGGGCUUUGCCCAUGUCGGGUUCCUCCCGCCGCUGUGGGUGCCGAGCGCAGCUGUAUUGUGCAGGAGAGAUUGGGACUGGAAGUAAAGACUGAAACCUAAACAGUUUGUGU